AUGUCCAUCCAAGCCAAGGUUCCACCUGCUGUCUGUAUACUGCACAACUUCAUCAAGACCCAUGAUCCCUCCGACAUCAACCUCCUCAACCCUACUCCCGAGGUUGAAAACGGUGAGCUUUCUCACACCCCACCAACGGAGGCAAACUCAGGAGCUAGGUAG